GGAGAGUUUGUGAGCUCGAUGGAGAUUAUGGAGUCCAGACAGAGGAUUGUGGGGAGCUGGAUGGAGACCUGUGGGGCCACAGGGAGAUCUGGCAGCUGCAUGAAGGAUCUGCAGUCUUCUCGAUGGAGUCUCACUGUCCCCAAGCUGCUCCUGCCUCAUGGCACCAAUGGCAGUGGCCCUCAUCCUUGGUUGGUGGCUGGUGGCUGCGAGCAGGGCACAGCAACUGCCCCGACCCUCCCUGUCACUGCACCCCAGCCAGGGGGUAUCCCUGGGGGACAAUGUCACCCUGCGCUGCCACCUGCCCCGGCCGGCUGCCUGGGUCUGGCUGUAUCUGGAAGGACGUUGGUCAUACGCCAAGUACAUUGACAAGAAGCAGGACACGACAGAGUUCUCCUUCCUUAGCGCAAGUCAUGAUCAAGCAGGUACAUAUUUGUGCCAGUACCAGGUGUCUGAGUCAGAGGACGUAUCAGUGACGAGUGACCCCGUGAAGCUGGUGCUGACAGAUCGCAGUUUCCCCCCACCUCAUAUCUCCCUUCACCCCGAGGAACGUGUGGGGACAGGGACCAAUGUCACCAUCUGCUGCUGGAACAAGGACUAUGGGGCCACCUUCCUCCUGCACAAGGAUGGACGCUCAGAUCCUAUCCAGCGCCUGGUCCCAGAUGAUGUUGGCGCAGUCUCCUUCACCCUCUUUGGGGUGACCCCAGCUGACAGUGGCACCUACAGGUGCUCCUAUCACCCCAAGAACUACCCCUUUCUGUCCUCACCCCUUCGGGACAGCGUGACAAUGGAGGUGACACCCACACCUGCACGCCCAGGUGCUGAGUUGGUGUCCCGUGGGAACCUGGUGGUGGCAGUGGUGAGGGGCUGCGCUGCUGCCCUCAUCUUUGGCCUUGGCGUCUUCUUUGUCAUCGAUGCCCGCAGCCUCUGGAUACGGAGAGAUGAGAGUCUGGGUGGAGAAGGGAUUUAAUGGUUUGGAUCUCCUGUACAUCUCCUACACAUCUCCCCAGUCUUUCUCUUCCUCUCCUUCCAUUCUUCUGUAGAAUCCACCAGGUGUACCAUUGGAUCCACUAUACAUUGCCUAUCCAUUCCCCCAGAUGUACCUUGCCCCCAUCCCAUCUCCUAUAAAUCCCCCCAUGUACCCCCUGCCUCCCCUUCCAGACCCUAUAAAUUAUCUAGUCCCAGUCAUCUUGUGCUUCUGUGUCCAUCCUUUACUGAUCCACUAUAAAUCCACCCAAGUGUUAUCUGCAUCCACCUCCACCCCCUGCGUAUUCUCACAAGUCCAACAAGUUUCACACCCGCUUCAUCUCCCAUAAGCCCACUCUGCUCCCCUUUGGUUUUGACUCCGGUGCCUACCCACAAAAUCCUGAGGUGGUGAAGUUCCAGAUGAGUCUUUGGGUCAGGAACCCCGGAUCCCAACCUGUCCCAUCUGCCCCCCAUACUCCACCUGGAACCCAGAUCCCCUCACGGGAGGACCCCAGGACUCCCCAAAUCAUAUGACUGCAUUAGAGACCCCCAGGCCCCAAACUGUAGCCCUUGCAGACCCUGGGGAAAUCCCAACCAUAAACAUCUCCCCAUCAGUAUGGGUAACCCCAAACCAUGUAGUGGGACCCCAAAAAGCCACACAUAGGAUCUCCCAGUUUUGGACCAACUGAACCUCAAAUCAACAUCCCUCCCAGAUCCCCAAAUGCAUCAUCUUUGACAUUCACCUCACACUUACAACAGAGCUGUCCCUCCUCACUGCCAUCCUGAGGAGCCCCACAGUCUU